AUGAAUACAAAGAAAAGUCGAUGCUCAAAGUAUAAUGGAGAUGUAACAAUUGAUAGUAAACACUGUCCUAAAUGUUCAACUUCGCUCAAUUUUCUCAAAAUGUCGAGCUCUGCCGGAAGCAAGGUUGCUAAACAAGAGUUGACCAAGGUUCCCGUGAAACCAAUGGAAAUCAAUUAUGUAACGCAAAUCGUGUCCAGUGGAAUUCGACCAGACAGCGUUUACGAGACGAAAAUAUUGUUGGGGCCAGAAGUAGACUUGUCUUCAAUUAAAAUAACCGUAAAAGGGAAUAAUCUUCGCGUAAACAUGUCGAAGCCUUUAGAGGAACAAUUCGCGAAACAGUUACCCGAUAUCAGCGAGAGAUCAGUUUUUGGCAAUUUGAUCAAAAGAGUGAUGAAACAUUGCGAAAAUUUAUUAAUACCAGAAGGUAUCGAUAAUGCGAAGGUUCGAGCCAUUGUGGACAAUAUGAUUAUGGAUAAACUACCGCAUCAUUGUCAAGAAAACUCAGUCACCUUAAAGCAAAAUGAUUAUAUGAACUUUGAGAUGAUGACAAUGAAUGGGCAUAAGAUGAGCUUUAAUUUCAUAAAGAUUCCGAACUUUUACGUUUUCGAUGAUAAAGAAUAUUACGCUGCAGAAAUGAAGACAGAAGGAUUAAAAGUAGGAACAGCUACACUAGCAACUGAAAAUAUGUUGAACAUAAAAUUACAUAGUUCAGAAGAAAUAUCGAAUGUUAGAAAUAUAAACUUUUUAAUACCGCCUGAAGCAGAUGCGAAAGAGGUAUCAAUCGAAAUAGUUAAUGACACGAUUCUUAUGCGUGCUCCUGUUAAAAAGAAACAUAUAUAG